GUAUAGUGAGCUUUUCGUCACAUUAUGACGACGGCGAGAGGGUUUUUAAAACACAGUUGCUAUUUUGAGCUCUGCUUCAGAUUCUGGCAGGGUGUUUAUAUAUGAAGCCCACACCUCCCUACGCCCCGUACGCGGGGGCCCCUCCCCUUCUGCCUCCUCAGACUUUUUAAAAAGUCUGCUAAGGCACCGAUAGCCCCAAAGGAGACAGAGCCAGCAGACACCCACCCGUCAGGCCAAAUUACGACAAGACUCCUGUUUACUUUUUUUCCACUCAGUCCUCUCAGGCAGUUUCUUUUUUUCUUCUUGUUGUUUGCGCAAUACCCGGAGAGCCAUAUUUAUACAGCUUGAGAAGGGAGUUGGUGCUUUUAUUAUAUUGGGUGGUUUGUACUUCGACUCUCUUUCCCAGCCUGUGCUUUUGGUGAAGGCUUGCCCCAAGGACUGGACUUAACUGACUACUGACUUCUCUGAUCAUCUCAUCUCACCUCCUGAGGACAAACAACAUGGCACAGAGACAAAACUCCAACAGAGACCCCAGCAUUGAACUCUUCAUCAAGGCGGGUCAUGAUGGGGAGCAGGUGGGGAACUGCCCGUUCUGCCAGAGGCUCUUCAUGGUGCUGUGGCUGAAGGGAGUCAAGUUCACCGUCACCACUGUGGAUAUGAAGAAGAAGCCAGAGGAGCUGAAAGACUUAGCCCCAGGGACCAACCCUCCUUUCCUACUCUACAAUGGAACACUCAAAACGGACUUCAUCAAGAUCGAGGAAUUUCUGGAGCAGACUCUGGCCCCACCAACUUACCCGCACCUAAGUCCUCUGAAUAAAGAGUCCUUUGACGUGGGAGCGGACAUCUUUGCAAAGUUCUCUGCCUAUAUCAAAAACAGCCCCAACAACGCCUUCCAAGAAAAGAACUUGCUACGUGAGUUUAAGAGGCUAGAUGACUACCUGAACUCCCCGCUGCCGGAAGAGAUUGACCACAACUCCAUGCAAAACAUCACGGUCUCCAGGAGGAAGUAUCUGGACGGCAACCGACUCACGCUGGCUGACUGCAACCUUCUGCCCAAACUGCACAUCAUCAAGGUUGCAGCUAAGAAGUUCUGUGGCUUUGAGAUCCCAAGUCAGUUCACAGGAGUGUGGCGCUACCUGAACAAUGCCUACGAGAGAGAGGAGUUCAGUCAAACCUGCCCAGCUGACCUGGAAAUCGAAAUCGCCUACAACAGUGUGGGCAAACGGCGAUAAACGCUCACAUGCACAUUCAAUGUAAUACACACUGUUACUGAACAUCCUUUUGCCAUUCGUUUUGCCAAUGGCAAGGCCUAAUUAUACAUAUGUAUGUGUUUUUUAAUAGUUAUAUUAGGGUGCCCACAUAAAAAUGAUUGGGGUCAAAAUGAAAAGCACAAUUUAAAACAAAAACCAAAGAUUUCACAGAUAUCUCAGGAAUAAAAAUAUUCCUGGGAUUCUCACUGGUUUAUGAUGUUUGAAGUAUGGUUUAUCCAUUUCACUGAGAGACAGAUGUUCUACAAAAUGCAAAAUAAAACCAGGAAAUUUAGGGUAGCUGCAUGCUGCAUUCAUCAAUGAAACACACACAGACACACACACAGACACACACACACACACAGACACACACACAGACACACACACACACACACACACACACACACACACACGCACACGCACACGCACAUAACUAUUCCAAUGGAGCAGCACAUAACUACUACAAUGAAGGCCAAGUGUGCGAUUCACUGUAUGUCCACCAAAGACUCGUUGUUUUGUCAAUAUUGUAAAUAAGUGUUAAUACUUUUUUAUGACUCUACAUGUGCUUGCAUGUUUUUUUUAUUUUAUUUUAUUUAAUCUUGUCAACCACAUGAUUGAGAUGCAUUCCAAUGAAAUGAAUUACAAGGUUGCGAUCGAUAUGGCAGACAGUGCAUUAUCUUCUUUUGACAAAGUUCACAGUGUUUAAUUCAAUAAACAGAUAAGGAUAUAACAAGCAUGAGCCAUGAUUAGAACAGGACGUCAAGAACCACAUAACUGACAGCGUUUGCACAUAAAUGGUUGUACUGUUAUACUGUUUGAUUCAUCUGAUAUUCUAUGACUUACAUUCAAAUGUCAGAUUUAAACGUAAAUAAAAGAUAUAAAUGAUGUGA